AACGCGGGACAUCGACUCCUGCAUUUUCUGGUUGCGGUCCUAGCGCUAGCGGUACCAUCAACAUUAAAACCGUACAGGAAUGAACAGAAACUAUCCAGGACAGACAAAGACGAGCGCUGCUUUCAGGCUCAGGGAAUUCAUCUUUGAAUAUUUACCUUCCACUCAACAUAGUCAUAGACCAGCUGCAUUAUCGUUUUUUUAUUGUAUGUAAGAAUCUCGUAAAAAUCGCGCCAACAGGUUAUACUCAUCAUCAUCUUCAUACUGACUAAAAAAUCUGAAACGAAUCGGCAAGCCAAAACAAGUUCCAAAAUGGACGACGACAUGAAUGGUGACGUCCGCGCAUUUGAUGUUGGCCGCAACCUCAACCGUCGCGCAGCAUUUUUUCUCGGACUUCUCUCGUCGGCUUUGUUCAUGCUGCUUACGCUUUUACUUUAUGCUAUGCACCACAUGAUGGCGGUCGGUUUCCUCGUCUAUCCGGCUCCGAAAUCGUGCUCGUGCGCCAAGCCAGCUGCUGAGUGGCUCUUUGCUGGAGGAGUGCUGUCCGUGAUUUUUGCGAAUCUGGGUGCAGCAGCGGCGCCGAUUGCGCGGAUGUUGUUGUUCUUGGACGUGUUGUGCGAUGCCAUGUUCACCAAUGUCGAUGCUGGAGCAGAUUUGCAAGACAAUGCUCGAGCUGAUUUGCAAGACAACGCUGUAGCUGAUUUGCAACACUUGCGAGGGGAAUUUGGACGCUUUCGCCGCCUAGCUCGCGCGGAGGAGCAGCGGCGUGUGAUGCGUGGUCCCAGGAAGACGGUCGAACAGAUGGAGGAGGAAACAGGAUGCAUUGUUUGCCGCAAAUGGCUACGCAAGGGAUACUGCCUAGAGGGCUGCAAAUGUGAAAACUGGCAUCCAGAAGAAAAGGACUUCUAUCCCAUGAUGCUGCCCCUUCCGGUCGAUCCGACUCGUGCCCCACAAGUGCCGUUGCGGUUCCGCUGAAGCCGGUGAUUAAAAAACAAAAAGUGGAGAAGAUUACAAGAAAGCUCAAAAAUGUUAUCAUGAACGAUAAAGUUGUGGAGCGACUCUGAAAAAGUGGCGUGUAAGGGGGUGGUCUCUGGACGUCGCUCAUCUUCAAAGCCGUGUGGAGGUGGAGGCUUAUGAGGAUUUAUUGAUGGUGCAUUUGUAAUUUCAAAACUGAGUCAAUGAGUGUCUUUGUUCUUGUUGGCCGUGUAAUAAAUCAAAUAGGUUGCACGAUGAUCAUGUGAUUGUGAAGUAGAUGAUUUGAAUGUUGUAUCAAUCGAAGUUGAAGAAGAUUUCUUCUCGAUCAUGGAAGACGCGUGAGGUUGCGUUCACGCACAGCUUUGCUUGUUCUCUUCAUAUCGUGGAGAUACAAAUAAGUAAUGAAAAUGAACGUCGAUCUACUUGUUGAUGUUGAAGAAGAUUAUGGUCUUACUUGUCGAUGCUUGAGUUGUUGAAGAUCGACCUAAUAAAUGUAUUUCGCAUGUGAUGGGAAUGUAGUUCCUGAAGAACGCUUUCCCAUUCAUGUUUUUGUAACGUGUCUUUGCUCGUAAUCUAUGUUGAUGUUAUUUGAUUUGUAUUUUGAUUUGUAUUUGUUCUUUGUUCUCUCUGUAUUUAACAUUUAUGUAGGUCGAUUUGUUCUUUGGUCUUGGUCUGGUCUUCUUGUUGUGACUGCUUGUGUACUUAUUAAAAAAUUGUUGAUGAACGUAGUUUAAUUUAGAUUUUUCUAUUAGUUACCCCUAUGCUUACCGCAGGUGGCGGCUCUGGACUUGAGGGAGCUUCUGAGGUGAAACCACACGUCUAGAAAGACAAAAUGAAAAUGAUGCGUCUUGCACUCUUGACAAAUUAUAUCUUAAUGUCGGUAUUUUUUGGAUGCAAACCGAGGACAUCCUGACUAUGAAGAUGACGGGUAUUAAGCAACAUAUUUGAAGAUGAUGUACUUCUUGUGGGGUCCUCACGAGUAAGCCGCGCUACCUUGAUCGGAGAUGAUGAUGGUUCGAAGAAGUGCUAAGGAUGUAAUCACGCAAAUCGCGAGAUGGUAGACCUAGAGAUAUACAUAAUUAAAGGGGUGAAAUGAAUUACGAAUCUAAGACUAAGUCAGAUCAGGCAACACGAACGGACAACAAGUCGUUCGGCAUACAGUAGCACAUAGAAUUGAGGACACGACGAGAUGAUAUGACAGAUUCUACCACUUCUCGACGCGUUCCCUCAAGGCUGAGCUUCAAAAAGACAUAAAAGCUGACGACGCUGCUUUCUAUUUUCUCUAGGCUUUCUUCGAUGUGCUGCUUCGUCUCCUGCUGACGAGCUGCCUGGCGGUGAUGGCUUUCUUGGUUAACUCGAAACUUCCGGCGGUACCGCUUGCAUUUCGUCUAUCCUGGUGUACUGGUCUUCCUCUUCCCUUUUCUUCGCGUAGCAUCAUGGUAGCAUAUGCGCUGGCAACUCUCUCUGAGGUGCUUUGCCUUGGUAGCUAUGCAACAGACAAGCGCUUCCGGCGGCGUGAGGCUCUCGGGAACAAUGGCCCAGUCGAUGAAGGUCAAGCAUUGAUGUGUAAGUUGAAUGCGGAUUGAGUGAAUCUCCACGGUUUCCUUGCUAGAUCUUUGCUUUUCUUCGUUUCUUGCUGUAUCAUCUUUCUCUCUCGUCUCUCGUCGGCGGACCUUCUUUCAUUUUUGACUGAUCUCUCUCGCUCUGUUAACUUGUCCGAGCACUAUUUAGUGACCUAGCGUCUUACUUUAUGAUUGACUUCGCGCCUAUGUACUAUUAACUGACUUCGCGUCUUUUCACUAAGUACUGACUUCGCGUCAGUCUAUUCACUAGCUGACUUCGCGUCUUCCCCCUAUUAUCGACUUCGCGUCUCCUAUUCCCUUCGCCUGUUAUUUGUGAUUUCGUAUAAAUCUAGAGAUCCUCAUCUUGCACUAGUGCACUGGCGCCGUCUCGGGUAAGUAUAUGCCGGGCCGGCGCAUCGUCCGCGAAAGGUAAGACUUCUCUGCGCCCACCCCAGCUGAUGCGCUGUGCCUCUGGCCGAAGACUUUGAAAUUGAAAAAGUACGUAGCGAAAGUGGGA